CAACUAUACGCGUGCACAUGAGGCGUGCGCUACCUCGCUAAAGGUAUCCCAAAGUGACGUCCGCCCCUUGUUAGGCGCCUUCGCGCCUUUGUUGGGGUAAGUCGCUCGGGCACAAGACACCACGCGGAGGCUGACCUGCGGAGCUGACCCUCAACCUCCGUCUGCCUAGGCUCUGGGCGCCGCCGCUGCACUCAUAAACGUCCCCGGAGUCCCCGUUCCUUCACCACCGACGCUUCCUCCGCUCGUGGUCGAUUUCCCGCUAUCCAAAUCGAUCGUGCGACCUCUGACGCUCCCCACAAGAGCUACCCCUUGCGUCGGCCCUCCCGUCCACCCCGCAAGUCCGCCGUCACAAUGCACGACCCAUUCCCUCUCCCGCGGUCAGAAGCGCUAGCAAAAUACGUCGAACCCAUCGCCGACUACCUCUCGCUCAAGACCCUCCCUCUCCACAUCCACGAAGUCCUCUUCGCCUUCCUGCUGUAUUCCGCGACCAACGUGUACAUCGCGCCCACUUUCUCGCGCCUCUUCUUCCCGCGGAUAUACUCGAGCCUCAAUGCGCGCACGAAACUCAACUGGGAUGUGCACAUUGUGUCGUUUGUGCAGAGCACGCUGAUUUGCAUACUGGCGCUGUGGGUUAUGUGGAAGGAUGAUGAGAGGAGGGAGAUGAAUUGGCUUGCAAAGGUGCAUGGGUAUACGGGGGCGGGCGGUUUAAUUCAGGCCUUUGCCGGGGGAUACUUUGUCUGGGAUUUGGUGAUUACGUUGCAGAAUAUUGGGAUCUUUGGGCUAGGCAUGCUGGCGCAUGCUGUCUCGGCGCUGUUCGUCUUCUCGUUGGGCUUCAGACCGUUUGUAAACUUCUAUGCGCCGACCUUCAUCCUCUACGAGCUCUCCUCGCCUUUUCUCAACAUUCACUGGUUUUGCGACAAACUGAACAUGACGGGCUCCAAAGUGCAGCUCUACAAUGGCAUCCUCCUUCUCCUCACAUUCUUCUCCUGCCGCCUUAUGUGGGGCACUUACCAGUCCGUCCGCGUCUUCUACGAUGUCUACCGCGCAAUGACGGCUGGCGAGCUCAUGCUACACGAUCCCGAACUCGGUAAACUCGGCAACGGCACCGUAGUCCCCGACAACCUCAUCCCAACAAGCGAAAUCAUGGAGUUCGCCGGAGAUAGGACUGUCCCGUUGUGGCUCGCAGGCUGCUAUCUCGCGUCCAACAUAACGCUGAACGGACUGAACUGGUUCUGGUUCGGCAAGAUGAUAGAAACGAUCCGUAAGCGGUUCGAUCCGCCAUACGGCACGCGGAAGCCCGAGGUCAAAGAGUCCGAGAAAGAGCAGGUUCUUGUUGAGGGUAUUGACGUUGAUACGCCGCCCCCUAGUAUGCCGGGUACGCCGUACGUACCCGCGGGAGCUGAGACUGACUAUAUUGGCGCAGUCAAGCUGAGCGCCACGGGGACGCAUCUGGAGGCGGAGAGGUUAGAAGUUAGGAGUCGGACGGGGAAGGCGGCACAGCAUACGGCGCGAGCUGCAUAAGGCGUCGUUCUUGGUUUGCGUGUGAUGGCGUGUUUGUUGGAUUAAUGGGUUAAGGGAUGUCUGUUCGCGUUUAGAGCCUUGCCUAUAUACUUUUCUAAUGAUACAGAAGUCUCGUUCUCCGUAGAACAAUC